UCCUUGUUGCUCACCUGCUGGGGUCGCUGGCGGGUUGCUGGGUGUUGCUAGUUCCAGCUGCUCGGCGUCAGGAGAGCCGGUAAGCUCCGCCGCCCAUCUUAGAAUAACCUACAUUUGUACAGAUUUCUUGAACUCCAUUUCAAAAUUUGUUGGAACACUGUCCAGGGAGAGGGAGAGGAGCGUGAGUCUGCUUUUAACACGUAUCCUAAGUGAUUCCCAGCGGAUAAGGCAUAUUUGAAACAUGGGUCUUUGUAUCAGGUUUGAACAGCUUGUGCUGAAAACUGUGCAUCACCAAUAAUGAGGCUUGUAAUUCUUGAUAACUAUGACUUGGCCAGUGAAUGGGCAGCCAAAUACAUCUGCAAUCGUAUCAUUCAGUUCAAACCUGGACAGGACAGAUAUUUUAUACUGGGCUUACCAACAGGGAGCACACCUUUAGGAUGCUAUAAAAAACUAAUAGAGUAUCACAAGAGUGGAAACCUUUCCUUUAAAUAUGUGAAGACUUUUAAUAUGGAUGAAUAUGUAGGACUUCCGAGAAAUCAUCCUGAAAGCUACCAUUCUUAUAUGUGGAAUAACUUUUUUAAGCAUAUUGACAUAGAUCCAAAUAAUGCUCAUAUCCUUGAUGGGAAUGCUGCGGAUUUGCAAGCAGAGUGUGAUGCAUUUGAAAAGAAAAUAAAAGAAGCUGGAGGAAUAGAUCUUUUUGUUGGAGGAAUAGGUCCAGAUGGUCAUAUCGCUUUCAACGAGCCAGGAUCCAGUUUAGUAUCAAGAACAAGAUUAAAGACUUUGGCAAUGGACACCAUUUUGGCAAAUGCUAAAUAUUUUGAUGGCGAUUUAGCAAAAGUGCCAACUAUGGCUCUAACUGUUGGUGUGGGGACAGUGAUGGAUGCUAGAGAGGUGAUGAUCCUCAUAACAGGGGCACAUAAGGCAUUUGCCCUGUAUAAAGCAAUAGAAGAAGGAGUCAAUCACAUGUGGACUGUUUCAGCUUUCCAGCAGCAUCCCCGAACUAUUUUUGUAUGUGAUGAAGAUGCUACUUUAGAACUUAGAGUUAAAACUGUGAAAUACUUUAAAGGUUUAAUGCAUGUACACAAUAAACUUGUGGACCCACUAUACAGUAUGAAAGAAGGGAAAUGAAGAGACUGGAACAGAAUUCUGCUUGAAAGAACACUUACUAGAUAAAAUUUCAGUUAUGCAAUAUGAUAAACAUGGAAAAUUUGAAGGCUGUCAUUUUAAAAAUCCACUAUCUGUUAAGCAUUCCAUACUCGAAUGUUUAUUCACAUUAGAUCUUAGAAGGACUUGGCUCUCAAAAUUGGUUGUCUGUUUAUUGUAUGGUAUAAAGCUAUGCAGCCACCUGUAGAACAUAGCAACAAAAAGUCUGCAUUUUAAAAGAGUCUUCACAUCGGGUAACACCAGUGACAGGAUCUCUUGUGACACAGGUUUAUUUUAUUACAAGAGGAUACUCCACGCCUUUCAGAUAUCAAACUACUAUCAUUGUAGACCUUUACUUUUGGAAUAUAUAUUUUUGUGCAUCACACAUGCUUUUCUGCACGUAGUGGCCUUAGUCAUCUUUCUGCAGCAGCAUCUGCACAUCAGAAAUUCUGUUUAUUAAUCAAGGAAAUCGGAAGAGACGACAGUGCCUAAAGUACAGUUUACAUCCUUUCAGAAAGUAUGUGCAAGUGCAUGCUUUUGUGCACCUUCUUUUCUUCUAUGAUACAUUUCUACAAAUAUGUUUAUUUUUAUUUAAUGACCUGAGCUCAUGUCCUUACUACAGAGAAGUAUCUUAGCAAUUAUGAGCUUUGUGCUGAGCAGAAAAUUUAAGGAAAUCCUUUUGAAGGACAUUUUCUGAUUACUGUUAAAUUUUAUAGAUUGGUUUUUAUUAUGUAUAAAAUGUCUAAAAAGAUAUGAAUUAUAUAAAAUUUAUGGUAAACUUUUAAAUUGUAACUUGCAUAAUUAAAUUGCAAAUAAAAGUAUAUUGUUUUCUACCUUUAAUGCAAAUAAAGCUACAAAUUUUCUAAACUUUAUUUCUAGAAGCGAAAUAACAUGCAUUGGUGAGGCUCCAACAAUUAAUAGAGCCUGUGACUCUGCAUCCACUUUUGAUCUGUCACCAACCAGUUACGAGUCUGAACCUAGUAAGAAUUUUAAAUUAAAUAAAAAUUAAUAAAACCAUUAAUGUUGCUUUAAUUCCAAA